GUUUGCGGCGAGUUAAGACGGAUUUCCUGGAUGGCGUGAGAGAAAGGAACCGAGGGAGAUCACUGCACAUCCAACUGCAAGAGACGGAUUGAAUUACCAACCACCAAGGCGUGCUAGUAUUUCUCUGCUGGCUGCAACCAUCUUCUGAACGUAGACAUGUUUCAAGAGGCGUCUCUCAUCUUCCUGCUUCUUUGGCCCUCAUUGGUGGUCUCUACCUGGCAUGAAGGAUCUAGAUAUUCCACUGAAGAAAGUCAAACUGAUGAUGUGUAUCUCACGGAAGCCUCCAGUGUUCCUGCUCCAGAUUAUCAAGUUCCUCGGUGGUGUCAUCCACUAAUCAUUUACAACGGGGAGGCUACCUGCUAUUCACCCCGUGGAGGAAAUUACCACAGCAGCCUGGGGACACGCUGUGCGCUCUCCUGCAACCGUGGGUAUCGCCUGAUCGGCCCGAGGUCUGUGAAAUGCUUAUUGAACCGCCACUGGUCUGGGAUUAUCUACUGUAGACAGAUUCGAUGUCACACAUUGCCGGCACUUCAGUACGGCUCAUAUCACUGCUCCAAUGGGGUAAAGAUUGAUUCUCACUGUCACUACAGCUGCCAACUGGGGUACCAUCUAGAAGGUGAUCGCAGCCGUGUGUGCAUGGAAGAAGGGCGCUGGAGCGGUAGCGUGCCAAAUUGUGUAGACAUAGAGCCUCCUCAAAUACGGUGCCCGGAUUCUCGAGAGCGAAUAGCAGAACCGGGCAAACUGAGCGCCGUCGUUUAUUGGGAUCCACCCCGUGCAAAAGAUUCUGCUGAUGGCGUCAUCAAAAAACUGAAACGCCGGGGCCCAGAACCAGGAUCGGAGUUUUCAGAAGGAGAGCAUCUUAUCCGCUAUGCUGUCUAUGACCAGGCGCACAAUCGAGCCACGUGCAAAUUUUUGGUGAGGGUCCGAGUGAGCCGCUGUCCCACCUUGAAGGCGCCUGAACAUGGUUAUCUCAGCUGCACUUCAGCAGGGAACAACUAUGGUGCCACCUGCGAAUACCAAUGCGAUGGAGGCUAUGAACUAGAGGGGGCCCAUUCACGGGUCUGCCAGUCCAGCCGCCAGUGGUCUGGUUCUCAGGCCAGGUGUAACCCCAUGCAGAUCAACGUGGACGUCAACUCGGUCACGGGCCUUUUGGAUCAGUUUUAUGAAAAACGCCGGCUGCUGGUCGUCUCGGCUCCCGACUCCUCGGACCGCUACUACAAGAUGCAGAAUGCCAUGUUGCAACAAGCAACCUGUGGGUUGGACAUGCGUCACAUGACUGUGAUUGAACUGGUGGGUUUGCCACCUCGUGGUGUGGGGCGCAUCCGGGAACUCCAACUCUCCCAAAAGAUAGUUGAAGAACUGAGGCAGCUCCUGCACAUCAGCCAAUCUCGCUUCAACGUCGUGUUGAUUGACAAAGACGGCAUCGACCGUGACCGUUUCAUCCAACCAGUGACACCCGAUGAGCUGUUCUCCUUUGUGGAUAUGUACCUGCUGAGCACCCAGGAGCAGUUACAGCGACAUCAGAACAGGGACAUGUGUGAGUGAGAAGGAACUUCCUGGUUGCUUUCGGCCACCAACGUCAACCCAACGGUCUUGUUUCACUUUAGCCAAGGUGGUUAGGGGUGACACUGAAAAGCAACAGUUGGAUUUCAGUCAAGGUGGCAGCGGAAGUUCCUUUUCUGAUCCUGCAAGCGGAGCAUUCUCAUGGCCUGGUUAAUAUUUACCAAUCUCGGAGGCACUGUUCCAAAGGAGAUGCUUUCUCAAAUGUACAUUUUUUUCCAUAAAGAGCACUUAAAGACUCUUUUUGCCUGGAUCAAAAAUCUCUUCCCCAUGCAAAGCAGGAAGUUG